UUUUGUAUUUUAUAUGUUUUGUGUUUGCUGCAUUUAGUUCUCUCCAAGGAUAUGGAUAUUAACAAAGACGUCACAAAGCGUUCUCUCUUUGGUGUUAUCUGCUCCCUGCAAGGAUUUGCUCCCUGACUUGUUAUUCCUCUUAAAUAUAAAUGAAACACGCAUGCAUGCUCUUCCUCCUGGGCGUACAUGCAGAUAAUACAUCCCCCUCUACAUCUCUCUCUGUCUCUCUGCUCCUUCCUCUCUCGCGCAUUCCCACGAGUGUAAACGCUUUCAGAAGACCUGGAUGGAGCUGCUGCUCGAUUCUAAUCAUUGGAUUAUAAAAACAAAACAAACCAUUAUCUCGCUUGAACCUGGACUUCUUAAAACGGAAAUUCUCCAUCUGACCUUUUUAUAGUACUUUGUUUUUUGUUUGGACGCGCAAUCAAGUUUUGGACCCGAACGCUCCACAAAACGACUUUUACGCAUCAGGCAAACACAGAGGGCGUCACAUUGACCGCUUUUCUUUAGCUUCUUCAUCGUCGUCUUCUUCUUUUUUUGCAUUGUAAUCUAUUUAUUACAAUGCAAGCUUUUACUCAUCGAAAUAAUCCGAACGAGGAGGAGGAAAAUGAUUUCCUUUAAUUAGCGUGUUUCUCCGCCCUCAUCAUCCUCUGAGCGCGUACUGUGCUCUCCACCAGGCGUAAAAAAAAGUGUUCCGCGCACAAAUCGACGCUUCCUGUCGCUCAAGUCCUAAUUUAAGGCAAGGAAACUGUCGAAAUGACGCGUCUUGGUCUGCCUUGAAGGAGCUGGGAUGCGGGUGAGGGCUGCUGCUGUUUCCAAAAGGCUGCAUGGGAGCGAGCUGUCAUCUUAGUUCUCCACGGCGUGGCAUCAUCUCGCUGGAAGUAGCAGGCUUCAGUGUGGAAGAUGGCUUUUGACUUUCCCCCAGGAUACAAAGCGUAAUCCCUCUGCAUGCCUGAUUACACAGACAGUGGAAACUCGUCUUUCAGUAAGGUAAAGGAUGACUGCAGCAGCAGGUGUACUGACAGGCUUGGCCAAGCUCAAGCGCCAGGACUCGGCCCGCUCUCAGCAUCGGCCCAUACCACCCGCAUCACAAGGCUUGGCUAAUGAGGGCGCGCCCAGAAAGCGGAAGCGACGCACAGACGUCGUGGUGGUCCGAGGAAGGCUUCGACUCUACUCAGCUUCUGGCUUUUUUCUCUUCCUGGGACUCAUCAUCUUGGCAGUAGGGAUCGGUAUGGCGACCCUAGGUUACUGGCCGCACAAUAAAGCCGUAUCGACAGGAGGAGGAAACGAAGUCAAGGUGGGGAAGGGUGUGACCAACGCAAGCCAUGAUGUUCAAGACUCGCCUUCAAAGCAGACGGGCGGCGCUCUGAUGCGGUUUCUGGAACAACAUCUUCACUCUGAGAGGAUGAAGAUGCUCGGGCCUUUCACCAUGGGCAUAGGGAUUUUUAUCUUCAUCUGCGCUAAUGCAAUACUUCAUGAAAACAGAGACAGGGAGACUAAGAUAAUCCACAUGAGGGACAUGUACUCCACGGUCAUCGACAUCCAUCGCCUCCGGCAGAGGGAGUACCAUCACCGCAGCAGCGUGUGUGCGCGGGACGUGGGCGAUCGUCGAGGUUUUGGGGCUGACACAGCAGCGCGCCUGGCCAGCAACUCCCUCCUGGGCUUCUCCUCUCGUUCUGGAAGCAGAGUUGGGUCCACGGAGGAGGAGGAGGUGCUGCUUGGGGAUGAAGAGUUGCACAGACACAGAGAGCAGGCCAGGUUGGAUUGCAGCUUUGCGGGACUGCUGGCGCCCUUGUACAAAGAUGGGCCCUUUUACGGCGCCGGGCUUGGGUUGUCGCAGUCCGACUCAGUGCGACACCAGUGGUCAGUGGACGGAGACGGGGAGAAGGGAGGACACCAUGCGGGGUCUAUUGUCUCCUCCUCCAUCUCUGCCUUUACUCUCCCCGUUAUUAAGCUAAACAACUGCGUAAUUGACGAACCAGAAAUGGAGGCAAUUACCGAAGAGGACAGAGGAGGCGAGAGGAGGGAGGGAGAGAGACCAGCGCCUCUGUGCUCCAUGGAGUCUCUGGUGGUGCCAGUAGCAUCUGUCGCCAAGGCCUCCAAGCCACCGGGCUUGCAACGCAGCCACUCGGCGUCCUCUUCCUCCCGCUGCUCCUCCUUCUCCUCGUGCAGCCUCUCCCCGGCUCCCUCCUCUACCUCAGGCUGCUGGCUCUCGCCGGGAGCGGCGAGGAGCGACUUUGGCUCCAACUCCUCCCUGCACAUGCUGAACAGCCACAGCCACUCCAAAUCCCUGGACCUGGAGCGUGGGCCCAGCGUGCUGAGCGUGCGCUCGGAACAGCGGAAGCACCCCAGCUGGCCGCGGCUCGACCGCAGCAACAGCAGCCGCAGUCACAGCGGGAACAGAGGCAGCAGCAAGGGAUACACGCGCCUGGAGGACCGGGAAGAGCAGGCGGAGCGGCUCUCGGACGCGUCGGCGUCCCCGACAGACAGACGCGACUACAGCAAGCGAGAGAAGCUGCUCAUGAUAUCCAGGUCGCAUAAUAAUCUGAGCUUCGAGCAGGAGGAGUUUAAUAGCAGCACGCUGAAGAGAGGAAGCUCGGAAACUCGAUUCUGAAGGAAGAGGCAACACCAACUCUCACCUGGUCUGUAAAAUUGUUCUUCACGCUGUCUUAGUUGAUGACUAUGAGACUAAGUUGUGCUUUUAAGACAAGGUUUUUGGAACAAGGAGCAAUAGCACCAGUAAGUAACAUUAGAACCUGCACAGCAAGAAGGUUUGCACUUAAAUGGCUGUCUGACCCCACAGGCCUACUUUACGGCAGUAGAGGUGCUGUUGAAGGAGAAGCUCCCUGUGGGGAUCAAUGCAACGACUUCAAAUUACACGAAUAUGCUGUGUGUGUUUAACAAUCUGGACCAGGCUUCAGACAGCGAUGUUAAAUGAAGACGGUGUGCCUGCUAAUAAAUACAACAAAGAGGCCCUCAUUGCCCUGUGGCCAUGUAAUAUUGACCUUUCCCAGGAACUUCAGUACAAAGAUGGCUGCAAAUACCAACAGUUUGGUAUCUGUGGCAGCGGCUCUGCUAGGGGCAUUUUCAACUAACUGCUAGGUUAGAUUUUACUCAGGAUUAGUCAUCUCUACAUAUGGCCACAAACCCACUUGGAGUGCAGAAAAUCUCUUGUUUUAUUAGUAAUGAUUGUGUCAUUGAUUGAGGAAUAUUUUCAGAAACAUUUUUGCAAUAACUCCUGAAAGAAAUGAACAUCUCUGAAACAAGAUAUUUUCCUGCCUUACUGUUUAAUUCAUAAAACCAAAUGCACACAUUUGUGAAAUCAUUUGGCUAUAACCAUAUCUGAACCCAAUCUCAUCAACAAAGAGAAUAAAUAAAAAAGAUUUAAGGGAAUAUUUUUCUUUAACUGUACUUCCAGCUGUAUCUGGAAUGGAAAUGUCAGUCAGGACUAAAAAGAAAUGAUGUAAGACUGAAGACUCCUCAGUGUUUCUGGUCGUGUUUUCAUAAAUCACCAUUUGAAGCAUUUUUUUCACACAUUAGUUUCCAAAGAUUGGCACAUGUAAAUAUUUUUGUCCCAUCACAAGUUGUCAUCGUGCAUUUUCUUCCAUUAAACUGAAAGCAAAUGGAACAUAAGAAUUCAUGAAGCAGCUGAAACUGUCCUUGAAAACAAAGUAGAGCAAUGCAGCUACUUCUUCUGUUAACGUUUUUAUUUAUUUCACCUUUACUUAUUUAAUUCUUGUCAAUUAUAAAGCAAAAUUAUGUUUAUUGGAAAACUAGAAUAUGAAUAUCCAAACAUUGCGACAAAUAAACAUCAACAACAGACACAGAAAAAAGCCACACAAACAUGACGUUGACUGAUGCUUAUCCAGCCAACAUUCUCCAAAAAGUCACAAACAAAUCACUGCCAGGUGAGCUGUAUCCAAUUCGGUAGAUGGAAAGUUGAGUGGAAGGAAAAAGGGUGAUAAAAAAGAGGAUUCAUAUGAUAAGAGGAGUUUCACUUUUUUUGACUGAAUUACUGAAAUAAAAUCAAUUCUUGAUGAUGUUACUUAUCUUUUUUAAACUUGGUUUGGGCUGCUAGAUAAAAGCCACGAGACACGUUAUGGCGGCCAUCUUUGUUGACACCUCUGUAAACGUCUUUUAUUGUAGCAUUUUCCGCUACAUUUGAACCACCAAGGUCGAAUAGUAAAAUUGUUUUACAGUCUGAUGUGUGUUGAGAAUCUUUUUCAGAUGAACUAGUUCCUAGUGGUCUGUGAGUCACUGUUCAAUUUUGUUUUG